AUGUCAGAGAAAGAACAGUUGAAACAGCAAGAAAAGGAAGGAUCUUAUAACAGACCCCCAAUGGAUGCACCACCUCCUUAUGAGGAGAUGCAACCACAGCAGCAACCUCAGCAGCAACAAUACCAACAACCAUACUAUGACAAUCCUAAUCAAGGAUACAAUCCAGGAUAUCAACAGCCAGGAUACAACCCCAGAUAUCCCCCAGCAAACGCAUACACCAUCCAACCAGACAAGGUUAAUAUAGCCAUUGCUCCUCCACAGCAUGUUAAUCCACAAUAUCCGGAAUUUCUCGCUCGGGAACAACAACGGAUUCAAAUGGGGGAUUAUCCUGAUAAUUAUGGCAAACAUGGGGCUCCUUUGAAUAAGGGGAAAACCAGCAAGAAUGCCCAUAAGGGAUUCCCGGGAAGAUCAAGUGCUACUUACCAUGAAGCUGCUAACAAGUAA